AUGGGUGGUGUGGAGAAGAUGAAGUACGUGGUGGUGACCAGCGGCGUCGUGAGCGGGCUAGGGAAUGGUGUCGCCGCCAGCAGCAUCGGCACCGUCCUCAAGGCCUGCGAUCCAUAUUUAAAUACUGAUUCUAGAACGAUGUCUCCUUCUGAAAACGGAGAGGUAUUUGUUUUGGACGAUGGCAGCGAGGUUGGCAUAGACCUUGGAAACUACGAGAGAUUUCUUGAUGUGGAAUUAACCGGAGACAACAACAUAACAGCCGGCAAGAUCUAUCAGCAUGUGCUGGACAAGGAGCGAAGAGGUGAUUAUCUAGGGAAAACAGUACAGGUUAUACCCCACAUUACGGAUGCGAUUCAAGAAUGGAUUGAGCGUGUCGCCUUGAUCCCUGUCGAUGGGAGAGAAGGGCGGCCUGAAGUUUGUAUAGUGGAGUUGGGAGGGACUAUAGGAGAUAUAGAGUCAAGGCCAUUUAUGGAAGCUUUGAACCAGUUUUCAUACCGAGCUGAGUAUAAUAAUUUUUGUUUGGUUCAUGUUAGCCUUGUCCCUGUUAUAGAUAUAGUCGGCGAACAGAAAACGAAGCCUACCCAGUGCAGCGUUCAGAGCCUCCGAGAGCUUGGAUUGAAGCCAAACCUUCUGGCUUGUCGUAGCACAACACCUCUGAAUAAAAAUGUCAAAGAGAAACUUUCCCAGUCUUGCCAUGUUCCGGAUCAAAAGUGUCAUGAAGCUAUUUUGGGAAUUCUAGGACUAGCACGUUUAACAGUGGAACCUAAGUUGGAUGCGUGGAUGAACAUAGCUAGAACGUGUGACCAAUUGCAUGCUCCUGUCAGAAUAGCAGUAGUUGGAAAAUACACUAAUGUUUCCAACGCGUACCAAUCGAUCCUCGAGGCUAUGCUUCAUGCAUCCGUUGUGUGCCAGAGAAGGCUUGUUGUCGAUUGGGUCCCUGCUUCUGACCUGGACAUAGAGACUGCAAAUGAGGUUGCCAUCAUAGAGUUUGCACGAUCUGUUCUUGGCCUGAAGGACGCCAACAGCACAGAGUUUGACGCUGGCACGAGAUAUCCUUGUCUGAUCGAGAUGCCUGAGAUAUGCGUAGGAUCAAGGAGGACUUUCUUCAGAACGAUGGACUGUAAAUCUGCUGAACUCUAUGGUAAUGUAAAUUACACGGAUGAACGCCAUCGGCGUCGGUAUGAGGUGAACCCUGACAUGGUGGGCGAGCUCGAGAGCGCGGGUGUCGAGUUUGUGGGCACGGAUGAAAGCGGAGACAGAAUGGAGAUACUGGAGCUGCCCUGGCACCCGUAUUUUGUGGGCGUCCAGUUCCAUCCGGAGUUCAGGUCCAGGCCAGGCAAACCUUCUCCAUUAUUCACGGGGCUGAUAGCUGCAUCGUCAGGGUUACUGGACGCCGGCAUGCUGCAGAGCCCUGCUAGCCUUGAGAAUGGGAACGGACCUGUUCCCAUGAAGGUCGCGUCGGGAGCAAGCGGGGGUGGUGGCUACGCGAACGCGAGUGGCCUCGAGGAAGGCCUCCUGGGCCUGCACGUCUCAGGAGCAGCACUAGCACAUUAG